AUGAACUCCCUUAAUAUUUCAGUAGUAGCCAAUGUACAGCCAGACCCCCUCCCCAAAGUUAAAAUUUGGGGAAGGGGAUGGCUGUAUACAGGCUAUGCAAGUGCUUUAACAUCUCAUUUUCUUCUCGCACAGUUGUUUAUUCUACCGGAAUUGCCCCAAGCUAAUAACAAUCCUGAUGGAACAUGUCCAACUUCAUCAUACACUAUUCUUGGUCACCAAAAUACGACAAUCGGAUGUCAGCUUUGCCCAGACUGUGCCCCAGGUCACCAACUAACUCCACCAUGUGGCAGUAAAUUACAGCAAAAUGCUGCCUCAAUAACCUGUACGACAUGUCCAUCCCAAAGUUUUAAAGAGAGACAUGGUAGUGCAGCAUGUAAAGCCUGCAGGACAUGUCACCCGAGAGAGACCACUAGCCCAUGUACAUCAGAGACAAAUGCACACUGCGGAGGCUGUCCUCGUGGAACCUACCAAUGGGGCUACACAGUUGACUCUUGUAAAAAAUGCUCAACUUGCUGUGCAAUAAAACGCUUUGCUGAGGUGGAAUGCUUUUAUCUGAGGCGAUGCUUGAGAAAAAACUGCACCAAAGAAAUGGAAAGUGGGGAACGCAACCCUCAACAAGUAGAUGCUUCAAAUUCUCAAAGUGUGCGAAUGCCUAAAAGAGUGACACCUCCUGUGCCAAUGCCACUCCAUGACCUUUCUUCAGGUAACAACUCAGACCAACUAAAAAAACAGGGUUUACAGGUCAUAGUAUCCAAGUUAACGAGAACAAGAGUUACAACAGAGGUGCUGCAGGCCAUACAAAGAGAAAAUGUAGAAUCUACUUCAAAUGUGGCCAAGGAAGAAAUACAUUCAACUCAAAUCAUCUCAAGCAGUACCCACAACACCACCACUGGACCACAGAAGGGAUUUGGAACUCUUCCCAGUGGGAAUGCUGUAGAGCCAACGUUGCUGAUGGCUGUAAGCUACCUUAAUGAAACCAUUAAACACUUGAUAGCUGUGUUAAUUUCACUUGCAGUGAUACUUGGAAUUAUUGCACUUACUUCCGUUGGUUUGUUCAUAAUAAUAUGCUGUAAACCUCAGAAAACUGGUAUUACGAUGACCUGUUGUGCACAAUACAUAAAUCGCAAUUAUGAAGGAUUUGAGCCUGUUACAUGUGACACAACACCUAAAAAAGAUGAAAAUUCAGCCUAUCACUACAGCAUUGUUAUAUUCAUGUCUUCAUUACAUGGCACAUUCAGGGAUCAGCUAAGUGUAAAUAGAAAACCAUGA